UGGCAUUGAGUUUGCGAGCCCGGAUCGCCCGUUGAGCUGUGCUGCUGCUUGCCUGGUGAGGCCGAUGGCUGAAGGCUAUGCCAUGAAGAAGGCGAAGGUGGUGCUUCUGAACGCCGGGCGCCUCGACUUUGACAAACAGCUCAGCUUGGCGAAGAUCGAGCAGCUUGCGGAUAUCACGCGCUUCGAGUCUGACGCAACUCCGGAAGAGAUUCUGGAGAGAGUGCAAGGGCAGGACAUCGUCAUCUCCAAGGAGAUCCCCGUGCCCGGCGACGUCAUCGCCAAGUUCCCGCCAUCUGUGCAGCUCAUCCAAGAGGCCGGUACUGGCUUCAACAACGUGGACCUGGCUGCAGCCAAGGCCAAAGGCGUCAAAGUUUGCAACUGCCCCGCGUACAGCAGUGACGCAGUGGCACACCUCGUCUUCACCCUGAUCCUGAAUUUCUCCUGCUCGCUAGUUCCGCAGAUGCGUAUGCUGCAGAAGGGCAAUCGGGACAACUUCACCAAGAGCCUUCAGGUGCCCCACUUCGAGCUCCAGGGCAAAACCCUGGGCCUGAUCGGCGGCUCUGGGGGCAUCGGCAGCCAGGUCUCCGCGCUCGCAGAGAAUCUGGGCAUGAAGGUGGUGCUUACCAGCCGGAGCCCCAAGCCCAACGCACUGCCACUGGAGGAGCUUCUGAGGACCAGCGACUUCGUGAGCCUGCACUGCCCUUUGAAUGCAGAGACCAAGCACCUGAUCAACAAGGACACCCUGAAGCUUAUGAAGCCCACGGCGUACCUCAUCAACACAGGUCGGGGCUCCCUCAUCAAGGAGGAUGACCUCAUUGAAGUCCUUCACAACAAGGGCAUUGCAGGCGCGGGCUUGGACGUCCAAGAGACAGAGCCCCCCACGGAGGACAACCCGCUAUACCACCUGGAGAAUGUCAUCCUGACUCCGCACAUCGGCUGGAAGCGAUUAGAGACAAGGCAGAGGCUGAUGGACAUCGUCGCAGACAACCUCGCCGCCUUCCUGCAGGGAGCACCUGUGAACGUCGUUGUUUGAGCCUGGUCAGAAAGACCCAAAGACACGGCCCGCAUUUUUCUCUGAUUUUCCCGGAUUUUUCUGCGCGAAAGGGCGGCUUUGCCAAGUCCUCCCUUCAGACCGCCGAUUGCCUUGAGG